AUUAGGAAAACUUAUUUUUAAAAGUUAUGUCAGCACAGUGUUUUGCGUCGUAAAAUGGAUUUAAAGUAAGAAACCCCAAUAUAAUAACAAUGAAAAUAUACAUAUUUUUGUGCGGAACUUAACUAGGGUAGACACGUCUUGCUGAUUAAUUUCUGACAGAAAAUGAGUGCAGACAGCGCAUUGAAUGGUGGCCCAAAAGAAAUGGGAUAUGAGAGCGGUAUGACCGCACUUCCGGCAGCAGAUAAUACAGCAGCGAAAGCACCUGAAGACAAGGCGGAUACAUUGACUGUACAUAUGAAUAGUGUUCAUCUAGGAGAGGAAGAAGUUGAUACAGGCAAGAACCUACAACCUGCCCCAGCUCCUAACGCUUAUGUUGGUAAGCGCAACUUUAUUCACCAACUGAUGGACGUCGCUCUUAUGAUGGCCAAUGUGUCUCAGCUAAAAGCACUUCUUGCCUCGGAGAACAACAAAUACUACUACCUUCUCCUCACAUUCAUUUGCAUGUCUAUCGGCCUGCAAGUAAUUUUCACCAUCUGCAUGCUAGUUAUCUGGUCUGUCGAAAAAACUCUGGAAGAACAAAGCAAACCUGAAAUAUUACCUAAAGAACCAGGUCCACAAAUAGAACGGAAGAAAUGGCUUGCCCAAUGGCUGGACAGAUCUGGCAGUAUUCUCGUUCUCUUUAUAAUUGUGUCAAACGUUUUCAUCGCUGGAUUUGGUGUGGAAAGUUAGAACAACAGCAGCCCAAAAUAAACCAUUAAAUGUUACAAAGGACAACACAGUUCUACAAAGCCGUAAUAAACGCCUUUCGACGAUAUUUCUAAAAAUGACACAGAAUAAGAUAACUUUUGAAUUAUAUUUACAAACGAAUCUAGACGAAAUACAAUAUGCAAAAUUAUUCAAAUUCAUUCGAAAUUUAUAUACAUGUAUAUACAUGUAUGUAUGAUAAGGAAAUCCGUUUUGUAAACCCACUACAUUGUUGGUCGUAGUUCCAAUGAUUUAUAGUUAAACUUGUGCUUAGUUGAUAGGUAGCGAAAGGGACACUUAAAUUAAUGCCGCAACUUUCAUAAUUGUUUCUGUGAUAUUUGAUUUGAAGAAUAAUUGCGUUUGUCUCACUGCAAUGUAUUUCAUGCUGAAUUUUACACUUCAACGAAUAUGGCUACAUUGUCGCCAUCUGAAUGAUGCAAUGUGAUUACAAAUGACUGUGUCCUUAUAUUUUGGUGCCACAGAAAACGUUGCCUUUGUCUGGUAAUUAUUGUUUAGCAACAACUCAACAUUUUAGAUGUAUGUGACUGUAACUGAGUCUACAUGAAAAUGGAACAUUAGCACAGACUGACUGUUGUAAUAACUUUGGUGGUAUUAGAGUAUGUACACAUAUACAAGAACAAUCUGUUUCGUAGUCAAUGACUUUCUUAUUUUGUAAGUUUCUGUUGUCUUACGGGUUUAAAGUGUAUGUAAAUAUGAAUUAUCUGUUUUGUAUGCUUUCUUACAAUUUGUUUUUUAAUCAGUCAUCCAUAAUGCUGUAUAAGAAGUGUAACUAUUACUUGGAUGUUGUGUUUUUUCCUUUGACAAAUCAAACUUUAUUAUUAAAUCGAAAUCAAAUUAU